AUGUUCUUGAAUGCGAGCGCCAAUUUUUUGGACGACGUUCUCAGCGUCGAGCAACAAACAACACCUGGUGUUUAUAUUUUCGCGGCAAUUGUACUCGGUUUCAUCGGUUUUUUCGGGUUCUUUUUUAACCUGCUGGUCAUCCUAGCGGUCUUCAGGGACAUGGAUGUGCUUUGGACACCGAACAACGUGGUGCUCGUCAAUAUGGUAAUUGGAGAUUUUUUGGUAGCUAUCCUGGGAAAUCCUAUGGCAUUCGUGUCAGCGAUCGCAGGUGAAUGGUAUUGGGGUCACAAAAUGUGCCUAUGGUACGCUGCGUUUAUGUCUACAAUGGGAUUCGCCAGUAUCGGUAAUUUAACAAUGAUGGCAAUUGAGAGGUACAUAUUGGUGAAAUAUCCGACAAAGACAAUAUCGAUAAGGCAUGCCUACGCAUUGGUGUUAUUCGUUUGGAUAUAUGCGCUCUCCCUCUCAUUACCACCGUUUGUUAAUUGGGGGAGUUAUGGCAUAGAAGCAGGUAAUAUAUCCUGCAGCGUAUCCUGGGACCUGCACGAUCCUGAGAUACAUAAUGAUACUUACAUUGGAUUUUUAUUCACUUUUGGAUUCUUCUUUCCUCUCGCAAUAAUUAUUAGUAGUUACUGCGGUAUACUAACAACUUUGAAGAAAAUAAGACAAAGAAUAGGUGAAAAUACUAAACGGGAAGCAAAAAUCACAAAGAUGGUGUAUUUAAUGAUCCUUGCUUUUCUAUUUGCUUGGUCGCCCUACGCCAUUCUUGCGCUCUUAGUUUUUUUCAACGUACAAGUAUCGUAUGUCGCAGCGAUGAUGCCAGCGCUUCUCGCAAAAUCCUCUAUCUGCUACAAUCCGAUAAUAUAUACAAGUAUGAAUAUCCAGUUCACUCGCGCUUGGAAAAAAAUGUUUUUCAUCAAUAAGGAUUUGAGGACGAACAAAGAUAGCCGUAACACGGGAAGAACUAUAAUAGAAAAAAUAGAGAUGAAGAACAUCAACCAGCAGUUAGCAAAGAAAACAGAAAAAUCGAAUUGCAUGCCGCCUGUCUCUAUUAAUUAUGAAUAAUAAAGCAAGGAGGGGAAGGAUGGUACGUGGAGCAAUGAUACUGAAGAUGCUGGGAUAACAAUUAGAAGUAGCCUUAAUUAAGGCAUGAUUCAAGAAUUUUUCAUCAAUGCACUUGGACCAAUGAUGCUCCAAAGUUAUCCUAUUAUAAAAUUCGAAUUCGUCAAGGCCUGAAA